AUGACCACCAUGGUGGACAACUACCGCCCGCCGCAGUACAUGCAGCUCCCUCACCGAAAGCCUCUCCCCCAGCCGGGCACCGCGGGCGCCUCGCACGACUCUGCAGGCCACCUCGUCCCUGACCACCAGCAGAGCAUGCACAGUCGCACACGAACCUCGUCCUCGUCCGUCUUCCCGCAGCAAUACCAACAGCAAUUCCAGCAAGGCUCACGACGCACUCUUUCAAAUGCCACUGCCUCGACGACCUCUACCAAUGCUAGCGGCGGACAGGGCAUGAUUCGAACAAACUCAGGGCUCCGACGUUCUUCCUCUUCGCGAUCCGGCAACAACUCUCCGACCAGCUAUGUCUCACUUAUGCGAAAACAAAAGGCUACUGUAUGGUGUGAUCGCGCACAGUCGGAGGACCCGCGGAUACAGGCAGCACAGCGGGCAGCCAAGAUGAGGGCGACUAUGGAGGUGGUGGGCGGGAACACUACAGGGCGAACCUCUACCUCCUCGUCUGGCGUAGCGGCUGGAGUGAGGUCAAAGAUACGGCAUCACGGUGCUCCCAAAGCAUCCCUAUAUGCACCUGGAAAUAUGGCUGGCAGCGGAGUGCCCAUGCGGUUAAGUGCUAGCGAGGUGGACGAAAAUGACAGCGAGGACGCAGACAGCCAGAAGGCAGGCCAACCCUACCAUCAACGGACCGGCAGUGGGAGAAGCUCUCUAGGAUCUGGAAGGAGGAUACAGUAUCUGAAUGCCCAAGGACGGAUGAGCACGAGCAGUACCCCGCCUAGCAACAACUCGCCGGCGGACACCCUCGAAGAAGAGACACCAGUUCCGGGCAACUACGCUCCAAAGCAAGCAGACUAUUUCGCUCAGUCUACCCGGACAGGCCUCUCUGGAGGCAGUGGCAGCUCCGGGGAGCGGGAAAACAGCUUCGGAAACCUUGGCCAGAUGCAGCAGCUUCCCCCACGGCACGCUGAAGAGGAGAAGAAGGGAUCGGACGACCUACGAAGAAGAGGCAGUGUCGACGACAGGACGAUGACAAUGAGCGGAGCAGGGCGGUUGUUUAUUGCGAACCCUGACCUAAGCGAUUGA